AGUUAAAUAUUUAAAUCCGCCCAUAAUAAGCGAUAAAUGUCAAAACUCAGGACAUCAGAACUUUUUAUUUUCAAAGCGUUUUGCAGCUGUGUUUAAUUUACAUUUUGAAAUAAAUCCGAAAGACUUAACCUUUUCAGGAAGCGCACACACCAUCUGCGCAUUAUUGCGCUAGCGGAACGAAAAAUUCGCCAUCCGCUGUACUUUUCGGAACAUAGUGGUGUGGAGCAGCGCGGCCGGAAGUGAUCCUGAGGAAUGUUUACGUUCGCGAAACACGUUUGAAACGAAAACGGAGAGAAAGUGAGAGACAUGGAGGGCGUCACGGAAGGCACGUGGAGUAGCUUACCGGUGACGCUUAAUGACAGUGUCUUACUUGCACUAAAAGAGCUCAAGUUUACGCAUAUGACUCCUGUACAGUCCGCGUGCAUCCCGCUGUUUAUGAGUAAUAAGGACGUCGCGGCCGAGGCGAUCACGGGCAGUGGAAAGACCCUGGCGUUUGUGAUCCCCAUAAUUGAGAUACUGCUUCGCAGAGAGGAGAAAUUAAAGAAAAGACAGGUCGGGGCAGUCGUCAUUACCCCAACUCGAGAGCUUGCCAUUCAGAUCAGUGAGGUGCUGGAGCAUUUCUUGAGGCAUUUCACACAGUUUAGCCAGAUUCUCUUGAUUGGUGGCAGUAAUCCAAUUGAAGAUGUGCAAAAAUUCAAUGAGAAAGGGGGAAACAUCGUAGUGGCUACUCCAGGCCGUUUGGAAGACAUGUUUAGGAGGAAGGCCGAUGGGCUGGACUUGGCAAGCUGUGUUAAGACUCUUGAUGUGUUAGUUUUAGAUGAAGCCGACAGGCUGCUUGACAUGGGAUUUGAAGCGAGUUUAAAUACUAUUUUAGGGUACUUGCCAAAACAAAGAAGAACGGGGCUUUUCUCGGCAACACAGACUCAGGAAGUGGAGAACCUAGUUAGAGCCGGCCUUCGUAAUCCUGUCCGAAUUACGGUCAAGGAGAAAGGAGCAGCUGCAAGCAGCACCCAGAAGACACCAGCCCGACUCCAAAACUAUUAUAUGGUGUGUAAAACAGAGGAGAAGUUUAAUUUGCUGGUGGCUUUCCUUCGACAGCACAAGCAUGAGAAACAUUUGAUCUUUUUCAGUACUUGUGCUUGUGUGGAAUAUUAUGGGAAAGCUCUAGAAAACCUGGUUAAAAAUACUAAGAUUCUCUGUAUCCAUGGAAAAAUGAAACACAAACGGAACAAAAUCUUCACUGAAUUUCGCCAGCUGAAAAGUGGUAUUUUGGUUUGCACAGAUGUCAUGGCAAGAGGAAUUGACAUACCUGAAGUUAACUGGGUCCUGCAGUACGACCCACCCAGCAGUGCAAGUGCAUUUGUUCAUCGAUGUGGGCGGACAGCUCGCAUUGGCAAUACAGGCAAUGCUCUUGUGUUCCUCCUUCCAAUGGAAGAAACCUACAUCAAUUUCCUUUCAAUCAAUCAAAAGUGCCCAAUGCAGGAGAUGAAGCCUUUGAAAGAUAUAGUGGAUGUCCUCCCCAAGUUGAAGGCAAUGGCCAAGGCUGACAGAGCCAUGUUUGAAAAGGGAAUGAAGGCCUUUGUUUCUUAUGUGCAGGCCUAUGCCAAGCACGAGUGCAGCCUUAUCUUCAGAAUAAAGGAUCUAGACUUUGCAGCUCUAGCACGUGGAUUUGCUCUACUAAAACUGCCAAAGAUGCCCGAGUUAAAAGGAAAAAAUUUACCAGACUUUAUUCCGGAAGCCAUUGACACAAAUUCUAUCCAAUAUAAAGAUAAAAACAGAGAAAAGCAAAGACAGAAGAUGUUGUUAGAAAUACAAGACAGAGAAAAGCCAACGGUAGUCAAAAAGAAUUUUUUGAAGAAUAAGGCCUGGUCAAAGCAAAAGCUGAAGAAGGACAAGAAGAAAAGGAAUGCGGAAAAAAGAAAAAGACAAGCUGGCUCAGACAUGGAGGAGGAGGAUGAUGAUAUGGAAGAACUGCUUAGUGAUACAAGGCUACUAAAAAAGUUGAAAAAGGGAAAAAUAAGUGAAGAGGACUUUGAAAGGCAAGUGACGGCAAGAAAAGCACCAAAGAAUCCAAAAUGACCCUGAAACUUGAGUACAUUCUGAAACUGUAAAUAUGAUUCCAUUAAAAUUUUAAUUUU